GUUUACAGACUAUAAAGAGUUCAUAUCGCAGGCGUGUUUGGCCACGCCCACAGGCGGAUCUGAUACAGUAAGUUUCAUUUCUUAAUAAAUUCAUUAUUCUAGGUGGGGUCUGAAUAAAGUCUGAGCUGUCAGAGAGGAGAAAUCACUAAUGCUGAGAGUGAACUCAACGUCUGACAAGGACAAUUUUCUUUUUUCUUCAUUGUUGAACUAAAUCGUCCUCUGUCUGAUCAUGCAGACACAAAUAGAAUAUGAAGUAAAAACUAUAAAAAGUAAGCAUUUGAAGCUGAAUGACCUGAAACAGGAAGCCCAGGAUUCCUACUUGUACAAGAAAUAUCUGCACAAAGAAGACAUCCCUGAAUAUCCCCGACCGGAACUUCAUGUGUCUUGUCUGAAACACGACACAAACCAACAGGGUUUAUGCGGGAUCAGGGCUGACGAAGGUUUCAAGGCUUCUCAAAAACUCUCCCUGGUGUGGUGGAGUCUGGCCGUGAGGCCCGAGGAGAUCCAGUCGGCUGAGACGAGGCUCCUGGAUGAGACCUACCCAAAGCGGACGGAAGAGCAGGCCGCGAAGCAGGAGAACUUCCUGUGGAGGUUCGCCUCCUCUCCAGCCUUCAGUGAGAAGUCCAGGUAUGGCUCAUACCGCUUCACUUUCCCCGUGGAGGAGGUGCUGACCGCCUACAGGGAGCAGUUUUGCUCCGGAGCUCCGCCCAUCAUGAGGGUGUUCAAGACAAAGCUGUUCAAACAGGAAGUGGAGUACGCUGUGCUGGUCCACAGCCCGGCCAAACAAGAGCUCUUCUCAGAGUAUCCUUUGUUUCUGUAUGAUGACCCGAACGCAGUCUGCACUUACAGAGACGGACGUUUCGUCUGGAGACCAGAGGCCAUGUGUGAGACACACAGUUAUGAGUUGAUCCAAAGACCUGAUGAAAACCAGAUGACCGCUCGGCCCUGGAGUUGGAGGCCUCCAUUUUAUGUUUGGGAUCAUGUCGCACUCGCUCUGCAUGUGGAAAACGGACAGAUGCUGAAGUUUGAUGCUGAUCGACUGAGAGCAAACCUCACAUUCUGUGAUCAGGACAAUGUGAAACUCCCUCUUAAAUUCAACUUUGAUCGUUUCGAGGAUGCUAAAAAGGUGGUGAGACAUUUGUGGCCCAAAUCCACCCCGCUGAAGAGGGAGCCUUCGAUCUGGGGUUUCACAGCUGAACAACCAAACAACAAUCCACUGACAAAGGAAGAGGAGGAUUCAAUGGAGUUUGAAAACUCCCAGCAGUGAAGUGGCAGCCUCAGUCUUCACCCCCCAGGUUCAUCUGUGUUCUUUAGAUUAGAAUAGAAUAGAAUAGAAUAGAAUGUUUUUUAUUGUCACCAGCAUCUCCUCCUCAGUGCAAACAUGCGGGAAAAGAAAGGUGGGUGAGGUGCAGUUCUGCAGCACUAUAUACACAUGAACAGUAGUCAAAAUAUCUAAUGUACAAAUAUACAAAUCCAGUCAAGAAAAAUAAAUAAAUAGAGUUUUGUAUUUACAGUUUGGGUUAUUGCACAGUGGUGAUGGGUCUUUGGAUUGGGGGGUGUCGUCAGUGCAUGUGUGAGAUCAGAGUGGUCAUGGCCUUUGGGAAGAAACUGUUCUGGAGUCUGUGGGUCUUUGUGCUGAUGCACCUGUAGCGCCUCCAUGAGGGAAGCAGGUUGAACAGGUCAAAACUGCCUUUACUUUCAAAGAAACCAAACACUGAGCUUCACAGAGUCUCACAGUAUGAAGACGUGCAUGUUUAUUUAUUUUACUUAUUGUAUUUAGAAAGAGGGACAAUACAUAUUAAUGAACAUUUUAACAAAUGUAAAUAUGCCAGAUUAUAGCCUUGGGCUAAUUUCCACACGCUAGUAAAAACAUACAGAGACACUAUUUACAGAUCAUGUGACAGUGAUCACAUUAUACUACAACAAACAAUGACAAGAAGAGUGGACACAGAGGACAAUAACGGAAACACAUCGAUUAUAUUGCACAUGCCCUGACUGUCCUGAUAUUGCACUGACCCGUUACACUAAUAGUUGUUUCCCUUUUUGUAAUACACUAACUGUUUUUCACGUCCAGUAUACAGCAUGAUUAUUAAACAUGAUCACAUGUUUGUGUGUCCCUCAGCCGCCCUUUUAAGUGACUCUUACAGACAGGGAGACUUUCCCUCGCUGACAGUGGAAGAAUAUUCCAGAAGCUCACUCCCUGAUAUGACAGAGCAUCUGUGAAAAGUGCUCCGUCUAAAUGCCAGUUCACAAUCACCUCUAACAGUGGCUCGAGUCCGUCGAGCAACACUGCUACACUGUUGUUUAACAAAAUCCCUAAUUGGUGGAGAUGAGCAUAUGCAGGAUUAGAUCCUGAUUCAAUCACAUAUUUGAGUUUUUCUUCACUUUUAUAUAUAUUCAGAGAAACAAGCAUCACUGUGCUGCACUGCACAGGCAGUAGUGAUGUGUCGGUCGCGAACGAAACGGCUCUUAGAGCCGACUCUUUGAAGUGAACGAUGCGAGCCGGCUCCUUAUUGAGAGCUGUGGGUUUUUUUUUCUUUCUCUCACCCUCUCUCUCGCACU